UGCCUCAUCAAACAGUGUUGAUCAGUCAGCUAAGUUAGACCAGUGAGCGCCAGAAGCGAUGGAAGUGGGAAGCAUGUCCAUUGGCGCCGCGACCAGCUCCAUCUCUGUCCCGCAGCAGCUCAAAUGUUCCGGGAGCGAAACUUACCUGCAGGGUAACAAAGACGGGCAGUGCUCUGGUCCCUCCAAAGUCUGGCUGGCUUACAAACACGCAUCACAGCAGCUGAGUUCAUCUGGAAUCAAAGCGGGCCUGGGUUUACUUAAAGUAGCCACGUUUCAGUGGAAACAGGAGAAGGAGAGAGGCAGUGCCAAGAGCAACUAUCCCAACAAGAGAUCCCCGCUGGAUCAGCUGGCAGCUUUAGUUUUCCAAGGUCCGACCCGCCGCAGUGGUCUGGAGCACCGUCAGGACCCACUUUACUCCACCAAGCCGCAGAACUGUAAACGCAUCGUUGUUCUGGGUGCGCCUCGGGUUGGUAAGACCUCCAUCCUCAGAAGAUACCUCUGGGAUGGGUUUGUGGAGGAGUACAAUCCGACCUCUGAGGAUUUCCUUAGGAAAUUGUAUUGCAUACGCGGGGAGACCUACCAAAUAGACAUUCUUGAUGCGUCCAGGGAGAGGGACUUCCCUGCCAAGCGGCGACUCUCCAUUCUCACUGGAGACAUUUUCCUGCUUGUCUUCAGCCUCGACGACAGGAGCUCUUUCGAGGAGGUGUGCACCCUGCGAGAAGAAAUUUUGGCCGCUAAAUCCAAACUCACCAAGUCCGCUGUGCCGGGGCACUGUGCACCGCAGCGGGUCCCGCUUGUGGUCUGCGCCAAUAAGGUGGAUCUGGAAUCUCAGACAGGGAUUUCUCAUGCAGAUGUGCUCAAAGCACUCGGGGGCGACUGCACCUAUUUUGAAACAUCUGCAAAGGACAACACCAAUCUCGACAAAGUCUUCGAGACACUGGCGAUGCGAGGCGGUCUUCCUAUGGAAACGGGCCCAUUUCAGCACCGCAAAGUGUCCCUUCGGUCGUACCAGGACAUGCGGACGGACCGUUCAACAUGGAAGGAAGGAAGGGUUGCCAAACGAGAUGACCCCUGCGGUACCCUGUACCCACUGGCCCGUCGGCCGAGCUUUGCCACUGAUCUCCGACAAAUAAUUGGGCCACAGAAACGACCCGAACCGGGCCUAAGAUUGGAGAAAUGUAAUAUUCAGUGAGCGGAGAAUGGACUGAGAACGAGUAAAACAACAAAUGCUUACGUUUAUUCUAGAAUAAAUGUCAGUAAAUGCUUUAUUUAGAUGUUUUUAAAUAAAUUAUUUUGAUUAAAAUAAUGCGUGUUUCAUUAUCUUUUCACAAUUCUGUUUCAGAACAUUGCAGCAAUUAUCAAGCAUGGUGGUGAUGGCAUCAUGCUGAGUGUAUCGACAAAGUGGAUCAAAAUAUGAAGCGGAAGAACAAAUGAAAGCAUCUAUCUAUCUAUCUAUCUAUCUAUCUAUCUAUCUAUCUAUCUAUCUAUCUAUCUAUCUAUCUAUCUAUCUAUCUAUCUAUCUAUCUAUCUAUCUAUCUAUCUAUCUAUCUAUCUAUCUAUCUAUCUAUCUAUCUAUCUAUCUAUCUAUCUAUCUAUCUAUCUAUCUAUCUAUCUAUCUAUCUACCUACCUAAGAACUUGAUGGGCACAGUGGGAGGAUGUUGACUCAGGAACUUGGAACCUUGAUUAUGUUCACCGUUACAUAACCUGUGUUCAGAAAUCUAUUACAACAUCUCCGUUUUCCUGCCCACUUGUUUUUUCUUCUCCUCUAUGUGUGUGUUUGUUUUAAUAUGUAAUAACUGAAUCAUGAUUGCCAGAAAUCCCACACACCCUUAGCGCUCAGAUAAAGGCAGAGUUUACCAGUUGGCCAAUGACUUCUACAACCUACACUUCUCUAGAAAUAAUUCUCAGAGCUGACAUUUGGAGAGCCCAUGAAUACAUUUGAUUUCUUUGACUUGAUCACAUGCAAAAAGGAUGUGUGGCACGUAUACCAUCCACAAAAGAAAAACAAAAAGGGGCAAAAAUUAGCUGAUAUCGAAACCUUUCAUACAACUGUCACUCUAAAUGGUUUUAUGUGUAAUAAAAUGAAUAAAAGUUCAGAUUUGCUUCUGCC